GGCGCGCUGCUGGCAAUCGACCUGGGCUCCGAGUUCCUGAAGCUGUCCAUCGUCAAGCCCGGCCGCAUCCCCAUCUCCAUUGUCAUCAACGAGAUGAGCAAGCGCAAGACGCCCGCGCUAGUGGCCUUUGUGGACGGCGAGCGGCUGGUGGGUGAGGAGGCGGCGGGCGUGGCUGCCCGCUACCCAGACCGCGUGUACGCAGGGGUGGCGGGCCUGCUGGGCCGCCCCGCCGACGAC